UUUUGAUAUAUAUAUAUUCCAAUACAUAUCAUCUUUUUCCUCUUUCUACAUUCUGCAAACCUACCUGCAGACCCUUCAAUUUCCACACUAACCUAAGCCUCUCCAUCCAAAUAACAAGCUUUGUUUCUCCUUCUCAUCUGGGUACAUAUGUUGAUGCAUAAGGGAUCAGCAUCCACAUAUUUGCACUUCUUUAUUGUUUCUUUUACUGAAUACAUGCUUUGGUAGCCAGAGGCAUGGAGUAUACAUGCUGUUGCAGUUUAGUGAUAUUUAGACAGCUGUGAAUACAGAAAAAAUAUGGCUGCCUUAGCAACUGCAGAAGCUUGUGAUACAAAUGCAGCGCUACUGGCAAGUGGUGAUUUGCGUGUUCUUCAACCUACUUUCCAGAUAUAUGGCCAGUGUCGUGCAUUCUCAGGCUCAAUUGUCACUCUUAAGGUUUUUGAGGACAAUGUAUUGGUUAGGGAGCUUCUCGAAACCAGAGGUGAAGGUAGAGUUUUGGUUAUAGAUGGCGGAGGGAGCAUGAGAUGUGCUUUGGUUGGAGGGAAUUUGGGACAAUUGGCUCAAAAUAUGGGGUGGGCUGGUAUUGUACUAAAUGGCUGCAUUAGAGAUGUUGAUGAAAUCAAUGCAUGUGAUAUUGGGGUGAGAGCUUUGGCAUCUAAUCCCUUGAAAUCGAACAAAAAAGGCAUUGGUGAAAAGCAUGUCCCUGUAUACAUUGCAGGAACCUGGAUUCGUGAUGGGGAAUGGUUGUAUGCAGAUAGUGAUGGAAUCCUUGUCUCAAAAUCUGAGCUGUCCAUCUGAACCAUCAUUCAAGGAGUUGCAUGUCAAAUUACGACAUGAAUAAGAGGACUGAGUCAUGAAGUCAGUUGUGUUUUUCUAAAUUUAUUGGUUGUCUCUGGGACUGAGUUCUUAAGUGUAUUUAUUUUUGGAUGAAUAAACAUUUCUUCAAAAGUUCUGAAGUGUAUUAGACUUAAAAAUUUACAACAGAUAUUUUCUUGUUCCAUAUAUAAAUAAAUAUUGAAAUUUUGCUCUCUCAA